AUGAUUGAGCCAGCGCCAUUUAGUGAUGAGCCGGCUGCGAUAAAGGAGCGUGAGGCUACUGCAUACCCGCCACAAAUUUCUUAUGAAGAGGCGCUAAGCGGAAAAGUGAAUCGACCCGUUCGGGUCUACGCUGACGGCAUCUACGAUCUGUUCCAUCAUGGCCACGCGCGUCAGCUGCAGCAGGCAAAAACUGCAUUUUCCAGUGUUUACCUCAUCGUUGGAGGUAAUCGUGUUGCGUAA